UAAUAGGAGAAAACGAGAAGACGGCCCUACGCCGAACGGGGAUAUCCGUGCGUCGGACUAGGAUUUCCACCAGCUCAUCUUCCAAACAGGCACGGACGAAAAUGCGGGAAGCAACGGCUCUUUUUGGCGGGAGUGCGACGUGGCAGGCGACCAGGCAAGCACAAGCUCAUCUUUCCCGCCACCAAAACCCUACUAUAUAUAUUAUAUCGAAUCUGCAAUCCUUUCUCUGUCAACUCCAGUCCUUAAGAACCAAGUCGGCCUCAAAGAUCCUCACAUUUUCAUCAGCAAUGAGCUCCCCUGAAGCUUCUUCAUCCAUACCCUUCAGAUCGAAGAAAGCCCUGAAACCAACCUCCAAUUCCAAAGCCAUAGAUCACAGCCCACUGAGCUCCAAAACCCCAGAGAAGCCGCCGCAGCUCUCUCGCCGGUCCCGAAACCGUAAUGUGGCCCUCUCCAUUAAAGAAGUGAGGAGGGCCGCAGAAAGCCUCCGGGAAUCGAAUCGUAAACAGUCCGGUGAUCGGACGGACCAGGUGGCUUCUGCUAGACGGAAGAUCGCGUCCUGGCUCGACGAUGAUGAAGCCCCUGCCACUAAAUCGAAGAACGACGUCGGUGCCGCUGCUAGGCUGCCGGAAAAGUUUGAGAGUCUGUGUGAAUUUUUCAAUUGCUUGGAUAGUUCGAUUAGAUUGUUGCGGCUGAAGGGAUUGAUGCCAACUUUUACGAACAUUUGCCCCAAAAUCGAGUGUUUAACCGACAGGAGGUUUACAUAUGGUCAUUUGGCUCAGUUGAAGUUUAUUUUGCCUGAGGUAAUUGAGAUAAAGAGAGUACUGCUGUUGGAUGAGAGGACCAGUUGUAUGAAGCCGAAUCUCCAUGUCACCAUCAAUGUUGACGCAUUGGAAAAUGCUGGGAAGUUGAAAUCUGAAGCUGGAAAUACGAAUCUAAGAAAGGUUUUUCGGUCACGGCUUGUAGAUUUUUCAAAAUCUCAUCCUGAGGGUGAUGAAGUUCCAAAAGAAAUACUGCCAGAGCCAUUCAAUUGUACAAAGCAAGAUAUAAGUUCAAAGACAAUUAAAAAUUCGUCACCACUUUCUCUUCCUGAGGCUAUAUCAUAUGCACAUACGGCUGACCAACCAGAAGAUUCUGCAACCUCCCUUGGGAGUGAUGGAUUUCCUGAGGAAAUACAGCCAGUGCCACCUAAUCAAUUAAAGGAAAAUAUGCAUUCAAACAUAAAUAUAGUGCCUAACCCUUUAUUGCCCAUGGAGACAUCAUCUGAAGCAUCUAAAACCCAACAACCAGCUGUAGCAUCUCAUUUGUCUCAAUCUUUUCGAAGGCGUUUUUCGCAUAAAGUGAGAAAUGAAGUAGCAAACUCCGAUGAAAAAUUGUCUGAGAUUCUCCAACAUGCAGUUCAUUCAGUUCCAGAGACAAGACUCAACUCAAUUUCCUUCAGUGAGGAACCUUGCUCUGCUCAUCUUUGUGACUCGGUAAAUGCAACUCCAAGCAAAGAAAUAUCCUGCGUCAAUAAGGAAGAUGGUUCUCCUGUAAAGAAUGCUAGCAUCCAUUCAACUCCUGCAAAGCUCUCGACUCCAGCCAGGCUCAUGACUGCCACACCUGCAUUGCAGCCACCAAAGAGAUGUUAUAUGAGCCCAGUUGAUGAUUCUACUUGUUCACCAAACAAAUUGGUAAGGCGUCCACCCCGCUCCAGAUCAUUGAAAUUUGACACUCCUGUGAAGAAUAAAAAAACGAAGGAUGAGGUCCCUGACAUAGAUGAUGAAUUAUUGGAUAAUGAGACCCCUGACAUAGAUGGUGAAUCAGUCAACAGUGACAUUCUUGAUAUUCUUCCUGAGGAUCUUUUACAGUCGAUUAGAAAUAAAGAGAGGAAAGCAAUGGAGGAGCAAAAUCCAGCCAUCUCACAAGCCAAGAGGCGGCAAAAGAUGAUUGCCUGCCUGCCUAAGCUCUUCAAUAUGAUUCAUUUCUUGUUUCAGUCAAUAAGUCGUUCUGUUAUCACGAAGGAAGAGCUUUUACACAAGAUAAUCUCAAGCCAUUCUGAUAUUGUGGACAGAAGAGAGGUUGAGGAGCAGCUUUGCUUGUUGCUAGAACUGGUUCCGGACUGGAUUUCAGAAAAGUUGGCGUCAGGGGGAGAUUUGCUUAUUCGCAUCAAUAAAACGUCAAGCCCGGAGUCAUUGCGGUCACGUCUUGAAGAAGCAAAGUGAAUCCAUAUAUACAAGAUUUUCUCAAUGUAGAUUAAAACGCUAUUGAAGGACAUUGUAUAAACUUCCCUCUUAAUUAAGGCAACAUGUAAAUAUUUUUGUUAAUUGAUUAACUAAUGAUGUAGAUGGCAAGUUGAUUGUUGAAUCAGAUUGAGGCAGUUUUCAAGAAUGUUAACCAAAUGGUGGGGAUUAAGAUAAAUCUCUUUUUAUUAUUAUUUUUUAUUAUUUUAUUUGUUUUUAUUAAGAUAUGUAACCAGAACUUGGAUGUCUGACAAUGAGUCUUCAAGCAGUAAUUUAUUUUAAUCAUUUUCUCA